CACACGUGUUCUAAGUUCCUUAACCUCUCCCUCUCUGAAAAUUCAAGCUGCGAAGAAGAGAUUCAGAUCUAACCUUUUGAUCGAUCAGUGAGAAUGGCUCUCGAAUGGGUUGUGCUAGGUUACGCCGCGGCGGCCGAAGCGAUCAUGGUGAUCCUUCUGACGAUGCCGGGGCUCGACGGACUCCGCAAGGGAUUGGUCGCCGUCACGCGUAACCUCCUGAAACCGUUUCUGUCGAUAGUCCCGUUCUGCCUCUUCCUGUUGAUGGACAUCUACUGGAAGUACGAGACGAUGCCAUCGUGCGACGGAGAUUCCUGCACGCCGUCGGAGCACCUCCGUCACCAGAAAUCGAUGAUGAAAUCCCAGCGAAACGCGCUUCUCAUCGCGGCGGCGCUCGUGUUCUACUGGAUCCUCUUCUCUGUUACCAGUCUGGUUGUUAAGAUCGAGCAGCUUAACCAGCGGAUCGAGAGGCUCAACAACAAGGAUUAAUCGUCCUUCCUUCGAGUCUCUUUUUACUGUUUCUCUGUUUGAAACUGUUUACUGUUUGUUUUUUACUGAUUAAAAUUGAAUUUUGAUUUAACUCAGAAUCUUCUAUGCAAGACAAGCAUUGAUGACA